AGGUUGGUAUCUCUGAUUUCAUAAAUACAAAUGGCGAAUGGUGUAAUUGUUAACUCGGCUUUUCUUUUCUCAUUAUUUUGAACAAAUAACGGCUUCUAAUUUGUUAAAUUGAUUAAAAAAAAUCAUAAGUAUAUUGUCGAAACACUAGAAAUUAUAAAAUUUCUUUUUUAUUUUCGUUAUUUAUAAUAAGAAACGAAAUAUGGAAGUUGAAGGAAAAACUGCGGCAAGCGUACAGGACGCGUCGUUCUUGAAAAAAGAUUCCGUCGUCGUAGACGAAAAAUUAAACAACGCCGCUGUUGAAAAAAUUGCGGCCACGGCCAACCCAGCUACUGCUACCGCCGAACUUAAAAAAUCCGAAGCUGAUUGCAGCUCAACAAUGAAUGAAGAACAAUUAUUAUUGUCUGACGAAAAGGAUGAUUUGCUGGAGCAAAUUGACGAAGUUUGCCAUGACAAAGUUGAAAGCUCCGAAGACAUAAGUAAAGCAUCAGAAAAUGAAUUCUUAAAAAAGAUUGAAGAAAUGGAAAAGAGCGACGGCGAAGUAAAAGAAGUUGAGAAAGCCAACAAUGUUGCCGAAGAAUUGAAGGCCAAACAUAUAAUUGAUUGUGAAGCUUCUGCAGUUGAUGAUGUUGUUGUUGGAGAUAAAGUUCUUGAUGUGGAAGAAGAACCAGUGGCGAGAAGUAAUGAACCAUCAGCUACAUCCAGUGUGGAUAAUAAAGAUAUAACGCCGACCAAAACAACAGAAAAGUCUGAAGCUAGCUCCGAAAAACCAUCAGCCAAUGAAGUGAAUGCAAAUAAAGAUGCCUUGGUUUCCAGUUCAACAACGCCGAAAAAGAUUGAGAAUAACUCGACACACAGCGAAGCAUUGUGUAAGCCAGAUGAGCAAAAAGCCAUUGUUACUGAACCAAAGGUAGAGUCCACCGGUUCUGUAGUUUCAACGGAGAAAGAGAAUGAUGUUGAAAAAAUGGAAACAGUCGAAAAGGAUAAAAUGGAAGUUGACGACUCGAAUGCAGCCACCGAUGUUGAGGUUAACAGUGAAGUAAUGGAUGUUGAAGAGGCCAAGGAAUCUGUAUCAGCCGAUGAAAAUGUAGAAAUGGUUUCUGAAGAAAACUCAUUAGACAAUGAAGCUAAACCGAAACAAGAAGAGUCGGAGGUUAAUGAUGUUGAUAUGAAGGAAACAUUGACCGCCAAAACUAGCGAACAAAAAGAAGACAUUAAGAAAACAUAUGUAGAAAAUAGUUCUUCGGAUGCGGCAAAUUCUAUUAAUAGUCACAGCAAAACUGAAAGCACAAAAGAACCAAUAAAGGAUGAAAUAGAAAAACCAGAUAUUGAAUUGGUGAAAGUCGUCAAUCACACAAUUGAUGGUGAUGAUGAUGAUAAAAAAGUCGAUUCAGGCCUUGAUACAUCCACAACAUCAACAACAACAACAAAACCACAAGAAAACAAAAUUUUGCUUGAAUUAAAAUCAAAGCCAAAAGAGAAUAUUGUUUCUAGCAGUUUAACAAACACACCGGUUUCAUCGUCUAACGUAUUUAAUAGUACGCCUAUUCAAAAGCAAUUUGAAAUAUCAUCGGAAAAUGUAAGCAAAAUUUCGGAUGCCGCUGAAUUAAGUCACACAGAUAAAGAGGAAGAAGCAACAUCUACAAAACCAUUAACUAAAAGUUUUGAAGAUUCAACAACGGAGAGUGGCACAUGUGCAACGAGUGAAACUGAUCAUCCCUCAUCUGAUGGUACGAUGAAAAAAUACAUUGAUGCCAUAAAAAAAUACAAUGGUAUGCCGGAUACAACAACGGAUGAAGAGGAAACAUCAACACCAACAAAAAAUCAAAAAUCUAAUGAAAAGUUUGAAAUCAAAUUAUCUGACCUAUCUGGUUCAGAUUUAAAAAAAGAUAGCACAUACGAAGUAAAUGUUUGUUGUGAGAAAAAUGAUGUCCGGUACCUAUCGAUUGAACGUGUCGAUCUUUCUAGUAAUAAGAACAAGAGCGAAAUUGAUAAACCUUCCGCAUCAGAAAGUUCUGUUCAAAGUUCAUCCAAUGGCAGCGUAACUAGUUUACCAGCAUAUUCAUUGCCACAAACAGUAGAUACCCCAACAUCGGCAUCAACAUCGUCUUCAAUAAACUGCCAUAGUUUGAUAGCUUCGCAAAACAAACAUACCAUACUAGGCAUCGAAGAACUAUGCAAUUUUAUGAUAAAUCAAUUCACGAAGAUUAAACACGCUGUUAAUCCUGAAAGUGCAAAACAAGCAACUGCAGCAAUAUUAGAAGCAAGCACACCAACUCAUCAAAUUAAAAAGAACAAAAAGAUUAGUCCCUCCGCAGAGACACCCUCAACGUCAGCGAGCAAAUCAAAACGUGCACGCAAAAGAUCUAUGCAAGAAGACGAUGUCGAAAACACUCCUAAAGCGAAACAAGUCAAGCGAGACAUCAAUAAAGAUACUCCAAAAGGUGAUGAAGCUGACAGUGAGGACUCGAAAGCCGGUCCAUGUGUGCUUGCGAAAUGGGUGGACAAGAAGUUCUAUGCCGGUAAAAUAACCGGUGAAAAGCCCGGUAACAAAUUUGUUGUUCUUUUUGAAGAUGGAGCAUCUAAGACACUUCCAAAAGAGUCAAUAGUUUUUGGAGAAGGCGACACAUUGCCAUUGCAAGAUCAACAGGUUUACGCUUUGGUAGAUGAAGAUUAUGAAAAUGGUGUUGUUAUGUCUAUAGAAAAAUCAAACAACAAAGUUUAUUACAAUGUUAAGACAGAAAAUACAACGGUUAAAGUCACCGCUUCUGAUAUCUAUUUGGAAGUAGACCAGGCAAAAGAAAUACAGAAAAUUCAAAACGUUAAUAAAGGCAUCGAGGGUAUAGAAGAGGAAGAAUCGUUUGGAACUAGACCAUCUCGGAAUAAGCGACCACCAGCAUCACCCAGCACUCCCGAGGCAGGAUAUUCUGGUGCGGUCGGCAAAAGGGGCGGAAAGAGACAAAAAAGAUUACCAUUUAAUUCGGCACCUCCAAAACGGAUAAAUGAUGAUAGUGACAGCUCGGACACACUAGAAUCUACGCCACCUGCUUCGCCUAAGGAAAAGGUUGGUUUGGAAUUAGUUGAGGGUGUGCAACCAGAACUUCAGAAUUCAGCCAAUGAUUCUGAACUCGCUCGGAUGAUAUUUAUAUCUGAUUACAAGAAAAGCCAACCGAACUGUGAUGUAGAUCAACUAUUGGGGCCACUGGCAAAAUCGAAUACACUCUUUCGUAACAAACAUUUUCUCCUUACAUGCACAGUAGGACUCAGACCACACCGAUAUCAACAGGAAAAAGCUGAAAACAUCGAAAACAACAGAUUCAAGCAGUUUUCUGAGGUUCCAUACGUUAAACGUUAUCUUCAAAAGCAGCUUGAAGCGGGUGGAGCUAAGAUAUAUAAUUACUUUGAAGACGUUCCUAAAAAUAAAUACAAACAGUGCAAGCUUAUAGCACCAAGGCCAUGUAAUACGGCAAAAUAUGUCCAAUGUCUAGCAUCGGAUAUACAAGCUAUUUCGCACGAUUGGGUUAUUGAUAGUUGUCGCCAAAAUAAAUUAGCUGAUUUUAAUAAAUAUCAACUACCCGCUGGAUGGUCCUUAUUGGCGGAAACAUUCGUCCCAUGGAAAAUUGGAAAAAACAAUCAUUUACGAAUAAAUGGACAACCCUUUGCCAAAACCUUUGUUCUAAUUGCUGGUGAACACAGUGAUUUUGUUGAAUUGUGGGGACGUAUUUGUAAGGCAGCCGGAGCAAAAUUGCGCUUGAUAAAAUCACUCGAUGACAUAACACCAACAACGACUGGAUAUAUGGUUGCAGAAUCGGACUUUUCGCAUGCAAUUAAGGCCAAGGCUCAGUAUUAUGGUAUUCCCGUUGUUUCAACUGUUUGGAUUGUGCAGUCGCUCAUUAUGGGAGCAAUUUGUCCACCGAAUAGUCAUCCAAGGCUGUCGCAGUUGUUUGAAGAUGAAGAAAUCUAACUUCAAUAAAAAAUAUGUCUUGAGUUAUCUUGUUAAACAAAACAAACAAAAAAAAAAAUUAAAAUAAAAACAAACAUUCAAUUUAUAUUUUCCAAAAUAUGAGUACUUUAGUUAAUCACCCUAAAAAUAAAUAUAAAUACAACUUCUUGGAAGUACAGUUAUCACAG